AUGGCCAAGUUCCUCCGGCGCCACGGCCUCCACCUCUUGGCCACCACCAGCACGUGGUUCCUGCUGGACAUCGCCUUCUACAGCCAGAACCUGUUCCAGAAGGACAUCUUCACCAAGGUCGGGUGGAUCCUGCCGGCGAGGACCAUGAACGCCAUCGAGGAGGUGUACCGCAUCUCCGCGCGCCCAGGCGCUGAUCGCGCUCUGUGGCACCAUCCUGGCUACUGGUUCACCGUCGGCCCCAUCGACGUCGUGGGCAGGUUCUGGAUCCAGAUCAUGGGCUUCUUCAUGAUGACCGUGUUCAUGCUCGCGCUCGGGGCGAGGCUCCGGUCCACGUGUCACGGCAUAUCGGCGGCGGCAGGCAAGGCCGGCGCCAUCAUCGGCGCGUUCGGGUUCCUGUACGCGGCGCAGGACCCUAAGAAGCCCGACAAGGGUACUCGCCGGGCAUCGGCAUCCGCAACGCGCUCUUUCGUGCUCGCCGGAACCAACUUUCUUGGCAUGCUCAUGUCUCUGUUCGUGCCGGAGUCCAAGGGCAAGUCGCUUGAGGAGAUCUCCAAGGAGAACGUGGACGAGGAAGCUGAGGCCAAAGUGUAG